GUGCAUCUUGUAGUUAAACAAUAGCUCCCAUAUGUGAAGAAUAAAACACAUACGGGUCGUUCCCUUGUAUCAACAGGCAACAGCAGUGCGGUGCAGCUCUGCGUGGUGUAUUUCUGUGCCUGAGCUCCUCCUCUCGUCAGGCUGGUCGCUGGAGGUUGAUGUCAGCGGUAGAAAGUCUUCAGGACAGGACACAACUAGGUAGAGCUGGUCAGACACGAAGGAUCCACUGAGAGGAGGAAAAGUGGGCGAUGUUGCGGCUGGGAGCUUGUUUAUGGACAUUGUGGGGAGGCUGUUGAUGCAGUCCUGUGGGCUCCUAGGUGUUUGCUAGACGAAAGGUUGAGGUAGCCUAAUCGCCGCAGUAUUUUUAGAACCCUUCUGAAAGGAAUACAAACAUGUCGUCUCCAAGUCCCGGCAAGAGGCGAAUGGAUACCGAUGUGGUGAAACUCAUUGAAAGCAAGCACGAGGUCACCAUCCUCAGUGGACUCAAUGAGUUUGUGGUCAAGUUCCAUGGGCCACCUGGAACACCUUAUGAAGGUGGUGUGUGGAAGGUACGGGUGGACCUGCCAGAUAAAUACCCGUUUAAAUCCCCCUCUAUAGGUUUCAUGAAUAAAAUUUUUCAUCCCAACAUUGAUGAAGCGUCAGGAACUGUGUGUUUAGAUGUCAUUAACCAAACAUGGACUGCACUGUACGACCUCACCAACAUCUUUGAGUCGUUCCUCCCUCAGCUGCUUGCCUACCCCAACCCCAUCGACCCUCUGAACGGGGACGCAGCCGCCAUGUACCUGCACCGGCCAGAGGAUUACAAACACAAGAUCAAAGAGUACAUCCAAAAGUACGCCACAGAGGAGGCUCUGAAGGAGCAGGAGGAGCGAGGGGGCGACUCUUCUUCGGAGAGCUCCAUGUCAGACUUUUCUGAGGACGAGGCUCAGGACAUGGAGUUGUAGUAAAGGGGGACCCCCCCCACCUUACAACAGACUGUCAUUUCUUAAAGAGCAGAAACUCAAUACUAUAUUCAUAUUUAAACAAGACAUUUUUUUACAGACAGCGACACAAGGAUUUUUAUUGCUACACGAGGAUUUGCAGUGUGACAUUGCAUAACAUUAACCCUUAUUUAGGAAUUCAUGACCAUCUGCCACCUCCCCCUCCUCUUCACCCUGACGCAGCCUGUUCAGAUCAGAAGCAAAGUGCAUCAUUGGUUUGCUGGUGAUCAGCACUGGUUCCAGCGGAGGCCUCCACGCUGCUUCACGGAGUCUGAACUGAGCAGUGAGACCAACACCAGCCCCGCCUCUGUAUCUCCUUCCAAUUUCACUGCACCAGGCACGUCUUCUCUGAGGACCACUGGAUGUCGAGUCACUAUUUCAGCGCAAUCUUGACUUGGGAGUAGCGCGGAUUCACCCUUUUUUUUAUUAUUUUGAUUUUACACCGCUGCACCGAGGAGUUGUCAUUAUCUUCGACCUCAGAGCCGGUCGCGUGCAUCAACCAAUGCAUCAACCAUGACAACUUCACAACGUGUGUGUGUGUGUGUGUGUGUGUGUGUGUGUGUGUGUGUGUGUGUGUGUGUGUGUGUGUGUGUGUGUGUGUGUGUGUGUGUGUGUGUGUGUGUGUGUGUGUGUGUGUGUGUGUGUGUGUGUGUGUGUGUGUGUGUGUGUGUGAGAGAGAGAGAGAGAGAGAGAAUGUAGUUCAGAAAGAAUCAUGGUGUAACUGGUGUUCUGACCUGUGAUGCUCAGUGGAAGUGGGGGAAGAACAAUCACAGUCCUGAUCCUUUGCAUCUUCAGCACCCUCCUCCUCCCCCUCUCCGUUCUAGGAAAGUGUUUGUCUGAGUAUCUUGUAUAUUAUGGCAUGACACAGAAGUAAGUUUGUGUAGGUUUGUGUUGGAGCUGUAACGCUGUAGACCUGAAGAGGAUGCCUGUACGCUGGGUGGGAGUUGGUGGGGAUUAUUUAGGUCCUUGUUGAAUUAUUAAACUUCUAAUCUUCGCCUAUUGCUUGUGUUGAACUAUAAUAGGUGUUUGACUUGCGUAGGGAUAGUUAGUUUUUUGCGGGUGGUGAAUCCUAUCAAUGUAUGGUUUAAUACUUAUAUUGCACAUUAGUUUGAAGACUAAUCGUCCUGUAACGAUUAGGAGAAUUAAUGCAUCUUCGUCCUUGGGAUGAGUCUUUGUUGGAUCCAAUCCUACGAGGACACGUUCACCUCUGCUCCCUCUUCUUAUGCAAACGUGUCCAUUAAAGAUCAUUUUAGACAGAGGUGCGACUUGUUUCAGCUGUUUAACAUUGUCGUAUUUACUUUUGUCAUCCUGUUGAUGGCCGAUUGUUUUCCUAAUGGUGGGACCAAAAAUGUAAUGGCUGUACAAGCUCAGUUACACGUACAUACACACAAAACCCAGAUGGAAAUUCCUCCUGCAACUGGAUUUACACACAACUCACUUUGAAGAUUAAUUACUAAUGUUCCUUGAAAUGUUUAAUUCAGACACAGCAUUGUUUCUGCUUUUCAUCUUUCUCAUUGGACAGAAUAACAGAAGUUCUCCUUUACCCCUUAAAAUGUUGAUGUGCCUCUAGCCCCUGUGUAAAGGAUUGUUACUGUUGAAGUGAAUAGAAUCUCUUCCACAUUGUUUAAGAGUAACAUAGUCCAAUGGCUCUAAUUCGCCUUUCCACCAAAUAUAUGUUGGUUUAGGUCUUAGGACAACAUGAAACCACAGUUUUUUUUUCAAACUACUGUUCACUGUCCAGCCUUGUUGUCUGUUCUCAUCUGGAUUCACUAGUGUGUUUUAUUAACAAGACAUGUAUUUUUGAUGCCUAUAAUUAGUUUUGAAGAUUUUUAUUUCUCUUUUAAGCCCCAUGUCCAAGAUACGAGUUGAGAUAUCUCAGACUUUUUCAAAGGCAAAAAAUGAAUAAAUGUGCUUCCCUUGUAAGUAGAAAACCAAAAUAAAAAAACAAAUUAUAUAUGAA